UGUAAACAAAACAAGACCAAUAAUAGUGAUCUUUUUUUAAUAAUAGAACGUUGAAAAAGUCUUAAAUAUGGAAGCUUCUAAAAAAGUGCAAGAAAUCCUUGGCCAAAUGCAGAAGACACUGGAAUGUUCAAUAUGUCUGGAAUUGAUGACCAAUCCAGUGUCAACCUCUUGUGGUCAUCAGUUCUGCCGGUUUUGUCUGAUAGAAUUCCUUGAGAGAAAGAAACAAGUUCCCUGCCCAUUAUGCAAGAAAAUGAUUACCAAGAGAAGUCUAAUAGAACGUGAGCAGCUGGGUGAAAUGGUGUUGGGUGUGAAGUCUCUCAUAGCUGCUUUCCAGAAGGACACAGGGGUCUUGUUCUCUCCACUAAGAGGUCCUCAGUCUAGUGUCCUACCUGGCUCUCCAGAUGUGAUCAGGGCCAAAACUGCUUCUGACAAACACAAGACCAAAGUUAGGAGCACAAAACCAAAGGCUAAAGCUGCAGAAACCACUUCAUGUCCACCAGAAGAAAUUAUUCCAAGCAGUGAUAGACAGCAGCAGUUACUGGAUCUCAUUGAAUCCGGGAACCUCGAUGCAAGAAAUGAUUCUGUUCCAAACAUAAAAGCGGGAGCAAUGAAGUUGAAAAUACAGCCAGCAUCAAAAGCUAAAGGGAAAGCUUUACUUGUGGCUUCUGGUGAUAUAAAAGAGAAAAAUGAAGGUGAACAUUUAAAAAGAAAUAAUGAAGAUGAAAAUAUCCAGCAGACUGAUACAACAGACUGUGAGGGUAUCAGUCCUCGGCAACUUUCCAAUGACACUAGAGAGAGCAAAAAGAAUAAGGACAUGUACUAUGUUGCAAAAAGAUUAAGUGAAAGUGCUAGCACUGAUGUUAUUGAAGAAUCUUUUGGUCAAGACAAUGAAAAGAAUGGAAAGGUACAUGAAAAAUCAAGCAAAAAUGGGGAACAUGAAGAAGAAUUGCACAAUUUGGAACUUGGAAAAAUAUCAUUAAAAGAGUUGGACAAGAAAGCAAUUGAUAACCAUAUUGAAAUGAAUACUGAUAAUGACAUCCUAAGUAGUGCAUCAUUUUCUAUAAACUCAAGUCAGUCCACUGGUCCAUUGUUUAAAACUCCUGUAGAGAUGGUAACGAAGAAAGGAAAGGACAAAAUCAGCAAGGCUGCUAUUGAGUUUGAAACAAAUAGACGAUCUUCAAGAUCGAAUUCGAAGAAAGGCAACGCUCUGGGGGAAUCUGGAUUAGACGAGAUUGAUACAAAACUUACACCAGACGUAGAUAUGGAACUAGCUCAUGGAAAUGACAUUCAAAGAACAUACAGUAGAAAGGGUAAGAGUUUGCCUAAAGAAAGACGUAAGUCAGUAGAAAAGGUGUUUGAGUGGCUGAACAAUGUUGAAGAAUCCAAAACUGAAAAACUAGUUGUGGAAUCAGUUUUAGAUGAGAAAAAAAGUGGUACAAUUGCCACAACAGGAAAACGUCAGAGUAAAAAGUCUCGAAAACUUCAGGAAGAUGAAAAAGCAAUGGGAUUGAAAAUGAAGCACUUAGCAAAACAGGUUGAAGAAACAAGUAAGGAACUGUUGUUUGCUUUUGAUGAUUUCGCGGAGAGAAAAGAGAAAGAGAUUGAUACAAUUGGUGAGGAAAAUGUUGGAAGACAUAGUGGAUUGGCAUCUGAAUCUGUUGAAAUAGGAAAAACUGAACAUGUUGGAACUCAUGUGAAUAAUUAUUUGGAGAUGGAAGGUAAAGAUGAAUCAGAUGAUGAAGCUGUAAAAGAUACUGAAACUGAUAAAUAUGACAGUGCUGAGCAGCAGCCUAAAGGCAGUCUGAUGUUAUCAAAAGAUGGACAAACAUUUAAUCAGAAGUUACCAAAGAAUGUAAAUGAUGCUGAUGAGCAUAACAAAACAGUUGACAAAAAUACAACCUGCCUACCUAAACCAAGCUCUGAACAUACCAUGAAUGGAAAUAUAGCUGAACAAGAGAGCAAAUGUGAAAACAAUAGUGAUGUCCAAGUGAAAAAGAAAAAGAUCUUCAAGACCAGGACAAGUACUCUAAAUUCAGACAUAUUAAGACCUCCUAAUGUGGAAGGCAAGAAUGCAAUAUAUACAGAUGUUUCUUCGCAAGUGGGAAAGAGCAAGCUUUUAAUUGAUGAAACUACGAAUUUUAGUCCAGAAUCUGAUCCUUAUGAAUUCAAAUCGAGCCAGAAUACGCCCAAUAAACCAUUGGAGAAAAAGGCAGGAAAAAGAAUAAAGAAAACUGUACAGAAAAAGGUGCCAAAUAAUGUUAAGCCCCGAGUUGUCUUUGCUCAGCCAAACAAAAGAAACAUCAACGAGAUGAAUAAAAUGUGGAAUAUAGACCCUGGAAAGAAAUUGCCUGAUCAGCAGAACAAUGAGAAAGAAAUCAACAAAAUAACUGAAACAAUUUCAGCUGCUGAAGAAUACAAUUUAUUGACUAGUACACAAGAAGCUAUCAACAAAAUGGACACAAAUGGCAAAACUCGAAACACAUCAAGCACUGAGCCAAACAAUACUAAAAACACUGACAUAAUGUUGAAGAAAGUGAGAUUUCAGGAACCAGAUCUGAACAAUUUCGUCUCUAGUGGGAAAGUUGAUGAUUUGGAAAAAACAAAGCUAGAGUUUCAAAAGUCAGCGAAAGCCAAAGAAUAUGAGGAAUACUUGAGAAAGGAUACUGCAGCAGCUGGUGACGUAGAUGACAACAGUUCAGAUGACAUUUCAGAGGAUUAUCGUUUCCAGGACGACAGCAGUGGAACAGACGACCUUGAGAUUGUCGCCACUCCUGAGCAGUUUGAGAAACCAGAUCUAGAUCUGCAACCAGACGAGGUCAAACAAAAGCUUUCAGAGCAAAGCUUGUUAGAAAUAGAUUAUGAAGGGUCUUCCUUGCAGACAACACAGACAAAAGAACAAAGCAAUUCAGAGAAUGUGGAUAUUGUAAGGGCAACUCCUGCUCUGUCCACAGUUCCUAUGUUCAAGACAACUUUCAGGAAACCCCUUACGGGAAUCAACACGUAUGAAAGCAAGAAAAAUGAGAAUGAAAAAUCUACUCACCAAAAUACCUUGAGUGAUGAAAAAAUGAACCAUAAUAAACAUGAAAGAGAACCAGACAAGAUGAUGCUUAGCCCUAGAUGUAAGAAAAACAAGGUACAGAUACCUGCGCAAUCAAAGCAUGGUAGAAAAGGAACAAUUGCUGAGGCUGAAAGGUUAUACCAAGAUUUGGAUGUUGUGGCAGAAACUCCACUCAUAACAAUUGUAAAAACUAUUCCAGAGACUCCAGUAGACAUAACUGUGAAACAAAAGUGUUCAGGUGAUAAGCAUCAAGAGGAAAAUGGUAUAGAUGAAUUGGCAGAGGUGCAUCAGGAGUCAAAUGAAAAUCCUAUUGAAAGUGAUUCUGAUGUUACACAAACUCCGAGUGCUGAAAAUGAGCUUCAGUGGCAAAAUAAUGAGCAAAAAUCUGGUAAAAAUAAGCCAGGAAUUGAAUAUUAUCAUGAUAAAGAGCACAAAAGGGUAAUUGGUGAAUCAUCAUCCACUAGCACUUGUACUCAGAACACUGAUAACAGUGAAUCGCUUCUCAAGUCAACAACUUCUCCUGCCAGACUUGUUGGUCAGUCUGCUAAGAAACCAGAGGUCAUAGAAAACCUUCGUAACUCUAAUUGUGAGCAGACCAAACCUCUGGACGAAGAAGAAGAAAUCGGUAAAAUUGACAAAAGAGAUGAAAAGAAUUCCAAGCAGUGUGUACCUGUCAGCAGUGAAGAUCCGGUUAUGUCCAGUUUUGGUAGUCGUGGAAAACAGAAAAGGAAGCGAAAAUGUUUCAUGCUAGAUGAUAAAGAAGAUUUAUUGGAUCAGGGGUCUUUGAUUUUAGACAAGGAAGCUAACUUCGAAGAAUUAGAAAAUGAACAAAAGUCCAAAAGACAGAGAAGUUACAACAAUGGUCCGGCAGAAGCAGAACCUGAAAGCAGUGUGAAAUGUGGAACAAAUACUAAAGAUUCUCAGGAUUCUCUCAAAGGCAGUAAAACAAAAAUUAAAGAAAACAGUGUGGAUAUGAUUGCAGACACUUGUAAUUCUUACUUUACUGGAUCCUUAAAAGGCCAUGCUGCUUCAGUGAGACGGGAAGAAAAUGUUAUGAACGAUGAUAAACAGCCUGAUGAUUAUAAUGAAACAAUUAACAUACCCGGAAGUGUGGAUUCUCAAAUGAGCACAGUUGAUCCAAAAUAUAUUGAACCUGAUUACGAAACAAUUCAGAUCACUGCUCAUACUUCGAAACAGAAGAAACACCAGCGAAAUCAUGAAAUAAGCAGAGACAAUUUAAAUGAGCGUGAACAUUCACAAGAAUCAACAUUUGUUGCUCAGUCAAGUAAUAGCAAUGUGCCAAGUUCUAACCAAGCGACACAAAGGGAAAAUGUGCAAACUGAUGCAAGUCAGGGCAGCAGUUGUUCAGGGAUGGACAGAUCACGUCAUCUCAGUGGAUUGCUUAUGUCUCCUGACUCCAGUUUCACCUACCAUGGAAUACAGCCCUCUCCUGAUGACAUUUUCUGCCUUGAUUCAGAAAUGCCGAAAAUUGACCAAAGCCCAAAUGCAGAGUUGACUGAGAGAAUUUUCCUUUCGCCCGAUUCUGAAGGAAAUUCAGUUUACAUUGAAAAGGUGCUGGAAAUAAAAAGCAGUGGACAAGAAAAGAGAAAGAAGAAAAAAGAUGCAAAUGCUGUGAAUGAUGUGAUUGAAUCCACAAAGGCACAAGAAUGUAAAUCUUGGGAAAAUGGUAAAAGUGAUAAUAAUUACCAGUUAGAGCAACGGAAGAAAGUUACCAACUGUCAAAGGCAAUGUGAAGUAAUCAACAUGGUUGAUGAAGUAAAUGACAUGGAUGAUAAUCAGAAUAGAGCAAGAACUCAGAAAAGUGAAGUGUUGGGCAUUAAAACCUUAAAAGAAGGACAUGUGUUGGAUAAACUUAAGUACAAAGCCCAAAAAGAUAAAAUGCUUUCACCUAGUUUGCCUAAGAUGAGUGUACCUGCUGAGGAGAAUGUUGUGGAAGAAGUUGAAUUGUUGAAUUUUAGGCCUAACAGAAUGAGAAUGGAAGAAGAAAAUAUGGUGAGUCCUUCAACUCGUAUUAAAAGUAAUUUAAUUCAAGCAAGUAAAGUAACUCCAGGGAGUAAAUCUACUCCAGCAAGUAACGUAUCUCCAACAAGUAAUGAUCUGAAUAAAAUCAGAACUCCAAUUGGAGGAGUCUCAAAGUAUAGUCCAUCUGUAAGGAAAACACAUAUGAACAGAGUUGAAGGGCAGUUUACCAAGUUUGGGACUAUAGAACCUGAAGUUGUGGACUUUGAUAUGAAAUCAGAUGAUGAUCACAUUGACAAAUCAACUACAAAGAAAGAUAAAUCCAAAUAUGUAACCUCUGAGAGCCAUCAUAAGUAUGUUGAGACCAAUGAAAAAGAUAACUUUGGAACUGAUUGUUUUGUUGACCAAAAUGUCGCUAUUGUAGAAAAUAAAAAUUAUGAAAGUCAAACUUGUGAACAAGAUGACUGUAUGCUGUCCCAAGAUGAACUUCCAGAGCUUGAUACUGUUAUAUUUAAAAGAAACGUUAAUGAAAAAGAGUUAGCAACUAGGGUAACCAAUAAAACCAAGAAUGAAUCUCCUCAUGAUAUGACUCCUGGAAAGUUACAGAAAAGAAAUAUUGAUCAUUCAGUAGCUGCAAAAUCCAAAGCAAACUACGGAGACAAGCUAAAAAGGGAUAAUAAAAGAGAUGAAGACGAUGUAGAUGAAGUCAGUGAUGAAAGUGAUCUCAAUUUUGAUGAAGACAGUGUACAAGAAAAUACUGAACAUUAUGUGGCAAAGGCAAAGAAAGAUCAACAUACCAAAAGUGAUGACAAUUAUUCAAGUACAAGCUCAGAGUUUAGACUUGACAGUUCUGAUGAAGAAGAUGACAGUGUAGAAAAGAAAGCUCUAGACACUAUAGCAAAGUUCAAUGAAAUUAAAAAGAGCAUUGAAAACACAAGUUCCUCAGAUGUUAUAUGUUUAACUCAACCAUGUGCUAGAAAUGGUACAAACAGUGAAACGAAAACCAAAAAUGACAGGAAAAGUAAAUUUCUUACAGAUAAAAAGAGCUCUGACACUAGCAAGAAAACAUUGGAAUCCAGGCAAGAAGAUAAAAAACACUAUUCCGCUAAAAAGUACUCGACCAUUCUAGACAGCAGUGACAGUGAGAUUGGAUCUCAGCCAGUGGUGCUUGAAUCAGAAUUAGAAGAUGAGGAUGACAACGUUUCAGGACCUGUUGGUGUCAGUGAGGUUGAUGAUAAAGAUGAUGAUGAUGUUGUGGUACACAGGAAAAGAGUGAAGCGUACCAUCAUCAGCGACGACAGCAGUGACAAUGAUGAUGACAGCAGCAGAAUGUGUAACCUUACAUCAUCAUCUGCUUUUUCCAGUCAGAGUGAAAUUUUGAAUACACAGGAAAGGGAGUCAUUGGAGAGAGACCUAGAGAGACUAGCGAGGGAAAAGAAAGCUAUAGAGGAACGUCUGCGACAGAAAUCUAUGUUAAAAACACAAGAUAAGAAAACAGCUAACAUAGUGUCCUUGCAAGUUGAUGACUCUGAUGAUGAAAUGAUUGAUGCUGAUGAUUCUGACCAGGAUGACGACGAAGACAGAAUGGAUCUCGAUUUCAAUCAUUCCCCACCCACUGUGACUCAGCAAGAUUCUUAUCAACUUUCCCCACCCACUCAUCUAGCUUCACAAGAUGUGCAGACUGUCCCAGAUUCUGACCCCAGUCAACCAUCAAGAACACCAUUGCUUACCCUUGACCCAAACAUUCUGAAUGCCAGGGGAGACAACCUUGCUUGUCGGAAGAGUAAUCUUGGAGUUGUGGUUACUGGACUGACUGCAACCCAAAUUAAAGAGACCAGGAAGCUGGCCAGUCAGAUGGACGUGAAGUUCUUCACUAAAUUCAACAACACAGUUACUCAUGUUGUAGUAAAGCCAGUGGAUGAUGAUGAUCGACUAUGUGAGAGAACUUUAAAGUUUUUCCAAGGUAUCGCCCACAAAUGCUGGAUUGUCAGCUUUUUCUGGGUAGCAGACUCUUUGCAACUUGGACGUCUACUCCACGAGGGCCCAUACGAGAUCCAGGGUGACACAGCACUUGGUCGUCUGCAUAGCGGGCCCAGAAAAUCAAGGGAGUCUAAGAAACGCCUCUUUGAAAAUAUCAACUUCAUGCUUAUUGGAGAAAACAGCAGCCUAUCAAAAGAGUCACUUACCGAGCUUAUACUAGCUGCGGGGGGUUGCGUACCAAGUGAUUUGACCUUGAAAGGUCAGGGGUCAAGGUCAAUAUGCGUUGCUUGCACAGACUUUGAUGAUGAAGAGGGCGACGAGGCUGUGGAACUUCAGAAGCAGACGAGACAUAAGGCUGCAGAACUCAAGCGCCGGUUCGGACUGGUAACAGUGACGCGAGAAUGGGUGUUGGACAGUCUGUGUUUGUUUGAAGUUCAACCGAUAGAAGAAUAUAGCGUGACUUGCACUUGAAUACAGAGUGAUUCUCACUUGAAUACGGUGGUAAUUUCACUUGAAUACAAUCUUUUUCACUUGAAUACAGCAUGAUGCUUAUUUGAACAAGAAGUGACUGUCACAAGAGAAUGGUACAAAGAAGAGAACGUUAAUUCAAAUGAAGAUCUGAUGUGGGAUGAAAUAUGCUUCUCAUGUCAAUAUCACAGGGAAAGGGAACUUAAUAGAAGAAAACAUAACAAAAACAUGGAAAAGCUGCAUCGUGAAGAGAAUUAUUAUUCUUAAAGGCUCUAUAAAGGUCACAAAUCCAAUUAUUAUGCAUAUCAACUGGUCUAAUUUUUACCGGAUUUCAAUUACUCUUGCAUAAAAACUGCUAAUAACACAGCUCAGGUACAACGUUGUCAAGAAUUAUGGAAGAUAAACCCGUUUCAUAAUUGGAAGAAAUGUUUACAUUUUUGCAACUAACGUGAUGUGUAGCCUCAGAGCGUUGACAUAUGCUAAAAAUAGCCGAAAGAAAAUUCAAUUUUAAUUCUAUUUUAACAACUUUUUACCAGCAGAAAGUUACUUAUUAGAUCACUACAAACGUUUUAACCAUUUAGAAGAGACCUACUUUGUGAGUGAUACCGGAAAACGUUAAAAGUCAUCGUUAUAUUUUUGGUGACCUGAGUCACUUUCACUUUCUCUUUCGCGAGUAAACAGCGAUGUAAAUAAACUGAUUAUUUGUAAACACAAUUGACUUGGAGGACACUUUAUUUUGAGCUCAAAACAAGUUGUAUUGCUCAUUUUUUUAUUAUUAUGUCCAAUAGCAUAUAUAUAUUGUUUUUUGAUAACCUUUAUAAAUAAAAUAUAAAAAAAAUAUUUAAAAAUCUGUAAAUAAUUACGUAUCUUCAACUUUAUAGAGCCUUUAAGGCUUUUUAUAAAAUAAUCCUUGAUUAAGUGUUCUGUGUCUAGAAACAUUUCACAGUUUCUAAUUCAUUGCGAUCAGAUGUUGAGGACUAGUUUUGUAUAGUUCUUAAGAAGAAACCUACAUUGAUAUGCAUAUGUAGAAAAACUGGUAUGUGUAUACUGCUGUAUAAAUAUGAUAAUGACUUUUAUCUUAAAUUAUUAAAUUAAUUCAUUUGCUGUCAUGCUUGCUUUGAAAAUUAAUUUUAUCAUGUUUUAGUUUUGUAAUUUUCUUGUUAAGAUUAUUAUUUUAAAUGUUUUCCAAUUAAAACUAUCUAUUAUUGUUUUACUAAUAUGACAUAUAUGUUUGAAUAAUGAAAUGCAUAAGUUUUUCAAGAAAAAAAACUAUUGUAAAUUACACUUAAGCAUACUUAUCUGAUACAAAUAGAUAAAGAACAAUUUUGAAAUUCAUUUAAAUAGAAUCUGAUUUUGUUAGUAAAUCACGGUUUACAUCAAUGGUUCUGUGUCACGGUUUCACUAUAAAAGUAUUUUUAUACGAUUUUACGAUGAUUAAAGUAAGUGUGUUAUAAUGGCCUUUUGGUGGGCAUAUGGACGCAUUAAACAGGGAGAUGAAUAACUUAUGUUUGCACGUGAGCUUUGUAAAAAGUUUCUUUUUUUACCACGUGCUUUAAAUUAUGAAAAAAAGAUAUUUACGCAAACGUUAUUCUAAAACCAGAAAGGUACUUGAGUGAUGUCACUUGAUGUUGCAACCUCAUUUCCGAAAAAUAACCUUUAACAUGAUUGGUCACACAAAAAAAAACAAUUAAAAGGCUCUAAAAGCUUUAUUUAAUAUCUCUAAGAUAAGCAUAUUGUUCAUGGUUAUAUUACAUAUAAAACAAGGUGU